AUGGCCAACAGAGUGCUGUGGUCGUUCCUCAUUGCCCUGACUAUCCUGCAGUCGUCGAGGUCAGCUCCCACCUUUACGAAGCUGCAGUUGGAGUUCGACGUGGCCAACGAAAUGUUCCAGCUUUUGUCGGACACAUUGGAAGAGUUUAAAGACUUUGUCCAGCGGGUCAUUAACGAGGCCGAGCUCAUUUUACCUCCAGAUUCCAAAAGUACCAUCCUUGAGAUGUGUCAGGAGUUUAUUAACAUCAUAAAUCCCAUGGAUAUUGAGGACUCUUACGAAUUGGAGAGAAUGACGGAUGCCAUGGAGGAUAUUAUUAACCUAUUUGAAUCCUUGGAAAGCUCAGAGUUUAACUCGGAAGCGGAUGAGAUUGUCAUGUCCAUAUUUGAGCAGCAUGGAGGUGAAGACAUUGAGAGGCGUCUGGAGGAGAAAAUGGCAGACGCAUUGCAGAGAAUCGAGCAGAGAUUGGCCAAUUAUAUAAGCACUUGGUCUGAGAGUCGACAGGCAAGAAAUUCCGAGUUCCUGAAAUGGUUCAUGGACUUCAAAAACGAAAAAGAUCCCUUUGAGAAAUUAGAUUUGCUAUAUGAAAGUGAUUUCUUUUAACUUAUAACUUAUUUUAUAACUUAUGAAGGUUGAUCGGAAAGCUAUAAAUAUAUUACAAUACUUUUAGUAACCUGUAAUUUA